UAAUGUUCUUUAUAGUUUUAUUAGUGGUUCUAGUAUUCUAGAUUUAAGCUGAUAAAUUGAUUCAAAUUUAAGCAUUAUGGAGACAUGGUGCUAGAACACCAAUCUAUUGUAAUUGGAAUUGUAUGUAUUUCAGAAGUCACGAAAUGCUUGAGGGUUACUUAACACCUACUGGAAUGAGGUAACAUUAUGUUUUAGGACAAUGGAUGAGAGAGAGAUACAUUGUAAAAAACAAAUUAUUGAGUGAAACUUUUAAUGCAUCAGAAAUAACAAUUUAUGCUACAGAUGUAAAUCGUACAAUAAUGAGUGCAAUGAGUAAUUUCUAAGGAAUGUAUUCAAAUAAUGGUCCAAUUGUUCCUAAUGUAGAAGAGUCAUUCCUUAAACCACCUAAUCCUAAUGCUAAUCCAGAUGCUGAUAUUGGAAAAGAUGCAAUUAAGUAUAAGAUAUAAGUUCUUCCAAUUCAUAUGAGAGCUGCUCUUACUGAUAUUCAAUUAAGAGCUUAUGGAUCACCUUAAUGUGCAUAAGCUGCCAGAUUUUAGAUUGAGAAUCAACAUACAGAACUUGUAAAAAAUGUAAGUAUCAAAGCACAUGAUACAAUAAUUGAAUUUUGUAAUGAAAUGAAUAUAGAUCCAAAUAAUUUUACAAUCUUCAAUUUAUCUGAAUACAUGGAUACAUUCUAUUCAAGUAUUUAUAAUGAUUAUCCUAUGCCUACUAAUUUAAAAAAAGAAACCUAUGAUAAAGCAGAUGCUACAUAUUCAUUAACAAUUGCAUUGAAAUUAUAUUAGACUUGGAAGUAUAUACACAUAUAUAUAUUUUUUAGAUAAAUUUCAACUCAAUCAGCUCCAUUCUUUGAUCAAUUCUUUGAGUAUACAGAAUAAGCAUUAAGUAAAGAUGAAAAUAAAAAAUCAUUUAAAUAUGUUGUAUAUUCAGCUCAUGAUGUGACAGUUUAAUUAAUAGCAUCUGCAUUGAAUAUUACAUCUGCAGAAUGUAUGGCUCAAGUUUAUCUUGGUUAGGAAGUACAGAAUAAGAAUUGUAUCUAUACAUAUCCAGGAUUUGCUUCAAAUAUUAUUUGGGAAUUGUGGUAAGAAGACACUACAAAUGAACCAUAUUUUAAAAUACUUUAUAAUGGUACAGAGAUCAAUUUGUGUAAUAAGAAUUCAACAAAAUGUAUGUAUAAGGAAUUAAAGGAAAUAAUCUAAGCUUAGAAGGGUGACUUUUAGAAAGAUUGUGAUAUUGAGAUAGAUCCUAUUGUAUAAUAUUAAAAUAUCUUAUUAGGUAGAAUAUAGAGUACCUGUUUGGAUGACUACACUUACUAUAAUUUUUAUUCUCAUGAUUGUUGGAUUUUGUUUCUAUGGCAUAUAUUUGUAUAAAUAGAUAAGAUAGGAUAAAACUUUAUUAAGUCAAAAUAUGUGAG